GCGAGAAUGCCUACUGGAGAUAAACAACCGGAAAAGCAUAAGAAAGAGUCUAUAAUUGAUUUAAACAAGUAUAUAGAUAAAAGAAUCCGUGUCAAAUUUUCAGGUGGACGGGAAGCUGUUGGUAUCUUGAAAGGAUGCGAUAAUUUACAGAAUAUGGUGAUUGAUUGUACUACUGAAUUUCUUCGUGAUCCAGAUGAUCCUCAUCGUUUGACUGAAGAUACAAGAGAACUUGCCCUUGUGGUUUGUAGGGGUCCAUCCGUGGAACUUGUUUGUCCUGCAGAUGGAAUGGAAUCUAUACCUAAUCCAUUUGUUCAACAAGAAUGAUUCGUAAAAAACUUAUUUAUUUUAUAUGAUAUAAAUAAAUUUGUAAAAUAUUCCCGCCUUCUCUCUCAUUGUAACUGUACGUCACAUAAGCUUUUUCAUGUCAUCAGCUAUUAAUUUUUUACUGAAUAUGUAUAUUUAAAAAAAUACAUUGUCUUUCUAC